AUGAUCGUUGCGUGCAAUAUUAAUUUUAAAAGCACUGAAGGCAUAAAUACCUGCCUUGGAGAAUGUUUGAUUGAAAUGAGUGCUUCCUGGGUGAUACUUGAUAUUUUCAUUUCUUUCAUUUUACCUUGCUCUAUUAUGAUAUUUCUUUAUAUAAAAAUAUUUAUUGUUGCCAAAAGGCAUGCACAAGUGAUCACUUCUGUUACUGAACAGCUGACUUAUAGAGAUGAAAAAAACAAUAACAUUUCCAAAAGGUCUGAAAGAAAAGCAGCCAGAACAUUAGGGAUUGUAAUGGCUGUAUUCCUCCUGUGCUGGAUGCCAUAUUAUAUAGCCAAUAUUGUUGUGGGAAACUUAAGUUUUUCUUCUUCACCAGCAGUUAUUAAUUAUCUGAUUGUUCUAGCAUAUUUGAACUGUACCCUGAAUCCAAUUAUCUAUGCCUUGUUUUAUCCCUGGUUUCAGAAGUCAGUGAGAGAAAUAUUUACAUUUAGGAUAUGUGAUCCAGCAUCCACUCUGAUUAAUCUGUUUCCAGAAAACCAUUAA